UUUUUAGCUUAGUCUUCAGCAGCGUGCCUUCAAAACCUGUCGGUCUGCAUUCCAACGAUGUGUUGGACGCCAAGACGCCAAGAACCAUCGUCGCGAAAUACAAGUGAGUAGAGUGUGUGUCGCUCGGCAACGCCGCGUUGACCGUAAGCCACGGAAUUCGAGUAAAAAAAAAAAGUUGAAUCAAAAAAGUUUAAGAAAGAGGUAGAGCCAAGAAAAUGGAGUAAGUUUAUAAUACAUUUGUGAAAUUAUUUGUGACUUAUUGUGGAAAAUUAAAACUUAAUAGAUAAAUAAACAAGGGCAAUAUUGACAAGAUUAUCACAAAAGGAAUGUAUCAGGAUGAGACAGUUAACAUUCAAAGUUAUCGGUAUUAUCACAAUAUUUCGAUUGUCCUUGAUUUACAAUGUAUCAGCUUUUCGACAAGAAUCCGGAAUGUCGUUUACUCGACAUCCUCAGCCUUUAGCUGCUCCUCUCGGUGACGAGGUAGACUUUGAAUGCAGUUUAAACUUAGAAGCUGAUAAAUUUGCUUGGCGUCAUCGUCCGCUAAAUUCCAAACACUGGGGUCCUCUUAUAAAUCUUCCUAAUAGCGGAGGCAAAACUUCAAAAUUUGUCGUUACCUUUGACGAUGAAUCUAAAGCAGGUGAUUACAGAUGUAUCGCAUUUUACGGUACAAGUGGUCUUGCAUCUGAACCAGGCAGACUAAGUCUUGCAAAAAUUGAUAAAUUUACUGACAAAAGUGAUGUAGAAAUACGUGUUCCAGUUGGAAAUACUGUUCCAAUAACAUGUCCAGUACCUUACUCAUCACCAGAAGCAAUUGUUCAAUUUUAUAAAAAUGAUAUAUUACUAAAAAAUAUAAAUCUUACCGGUGAUAAAACGAUUAUUAUUGAAAAUGCUCAAGUUUCAGAUUCUGGAAAUUAUCAUUGUACUGCUGAUAAUUAUAUUGUAACUCAAACUUAUAGAAGCAAUUAUCAAACAAAAUUACAAGUUUAUAUCGAGAAAAACAAUAUUUCUCCUUUUUGGACUAAACAACCACAAACAGAAUAUAAAGCAUUAAAAAACAGUAAUAUAAGUUUAGAAUGUUUUGGUGCGGGUUAUCCAAUCCCUAAAUUAUCAUGGUCAAGGUUCGCAGGAUCUUUACCUCUGUAUUCACAAUAUAAGAGUUCAGGAUUAAGCAUUGUUAAUGUACAACCAUCAGAUAGAGGAGAAUAUCAAUGUGUUUGGUCAAAUGAUAAUGAUAAAAUAAAAACUUCUAUAAUUUUAAAAGUCGUUGAACCACCCAGAGUUAUUAAAGGACCAAGAGCAUCGACAUUUUCUGAAGAUGGUUAUCUUGAACUAUUUUGCAAUGUGACUGGUGUACCUGAACCAACAAUUGAGUGGUUAAUAAACGGUGAAACACUUGAACCAAGUUCUAGUGUUGAAAUUAGAGGUUCAAAACUAACUGUAGAUCCAGUGGAGAAAAAACAUGCGGGAAUUGUUCAAUGCGUUGCUAGCAAUGAGUACGGAUCUUAUUCAGGAUAUAAUCUUUUAAAAGUAAAUCCUAAACAGCAUAUAAGUGGUGGUGACAUGAAUUUACAUCAGGGAUCACACGGUACAUCUGGAAAUGUUCAUAAACAUACUAAAGGUGGCGGAAGAAGAAAAAACGAAAAAACCAAUCGUAAAGGAACUGAACUUGUUCCGCCAAAUCCACCAGAAGUUACUCGUCUUUCUGAUGUUUCUGUAAUGGUUCGGUGGUCUGUACCUGAAAAAACUGGUCUUCCUAUUCAGUUUUUCAAAGUUCAGUAUCGAGAACUUGGACCGAAAAAAAAUGGUAAACAGUCGUCUAAAUGGAAUACUGCAAAUAUGGAAAUUCCAAAUCAUAUUAGAUCAUUUGAGGUUACAGAUUUACAACCAGAUCAUACAUAUCGAUUUAGAAUUGCUGCAGUAUAUUCUAAUAAUGAUAAUAAACCUAGUGAAAAUUCCGAGCGAUUCCAUCUUACUCGUAUGGCAGGUUUUGAAACAAAUAAAAUGCCCAUUCCAUUAUUAACAAAUACGGAAGCACUUGGUCCAGAUCGUGUACUUCUUAUUUGGCAAAAUCCUGACAAAACGGUUGAUAUCGAUGGAUUUUAUGUUUAUCAUCGUGCUUCAACAUCAGCUGGAGACUACAUUAAAACAACAGUUGAAGGAAAAAAUUCUACUAAUAUUACGAUUUCUCAUUUACAAUCAGACACAAUCUAUGAAUUUAAAAUUCAAAGUUUUUCUGUGGAUGCUGCUUCGGAAUUUUCAAAAAUUGUUCGUCAAAAAACAUUAAAAGCUAUUACAGAACCACCUCCAAUACAACAAAUUUUGCCGGGUGUAGGAUCUCAAAGUACUAGAAACAGUCAUAAUGGUACUUUAUAUGCAAUAAUCGGUGGCACAUUAGGAAGUAUUACUCUUUUGGGCGCAUUAAGUGCAAUUGUAGUUAUUUAUAAGAAAAGCAGAAUUAAACAAAAUCGUGAGUCUUCACAAAAUGAAGGCAAAUCUAUAGCGAAUGGUAUAGUUAUGAAUGGCAGUGUAACGGAUUCUAAGAUUAACAUCACAUCGAAUCCUCUUGCUGUUCUUGACAACUCGGAUAAUACAAUUCAACCCAAGAACGGACAACAACCGUCAAUGGAAAUGACAUCAUUUACAAAUGGCCAGGUCAACAACAACAACAUCGACAAUAACACGAACAAUGGAAAUGAUGGUUCCCUUGCCAGUACUGCCAGAUUCAACGGAUCCAAAGCCGAUACCACACAAGAAAUUCUAUAAUCGAUGGAUUAAAUAUUUUUUAGAAUUCAAAUAGAUAUCAUUUCAUAAAUAUAUCGUCCAUAAUAUAACGUGGUAUUUUAUAAACUUUCCAUAAAAGUUUUAUUAAGUCAUCAAUAAUUAAUCACAAAUGAUGUAUUAAUUUUGAACGGUAGCUUCUUAAAACAAAUUUUAAUGUAUUGAAAUUUAUUAUAAAUAUGGAAGUUGAUCAAAUUGUAUAUAGAGAAUUUAUAUUAUUUUUAUUUUUUAUGAUAAUGGCGGCUUUAUAUAACCGCUUAAUUAUUAUAAAAAAUAAUAUAAUGACAAUGCCGUCUACAAGUUUAUGAUAUUAAGAAAAGUAAUUUACCGUCGCUUUAGUUAACAGUAUUGAGAUUAGUUUUGUAUUGAUUGGAGAAAAAAAAAAUUAGAGCGCUCAUAAAGCACCCUCAGCGCUUUUGCACUUGAGUUGUGCAAUUACAUUUAUAUAAGAAAUAAAAAUAGUGUAAAAAUACGACCUAGUGAAAUAGUAAAUUAAGUGCCUUGUUAAAAAAAGUAUCUCUUUGAUUCUUAUAUGAACAAGUAAAAAAAUUUUAAGUGAUAAUUUGGUUGUGCCAAGACGACAAUCGAUUUAUAAUUGCCAUUUUAUUAUUAUAAUUAUUACUAUUAAUUAUUAUUUAAAAUUAUAUUGGCUUAUACUGUAUUUAAUAUGAAAAAAAUCGAUGAAAAAUAUGUAAAUAUCUGUAUGGACUUGAUGAAUUUAUUUUUUAACUUUUUUUUUAAGAUUUAUAGACGAUUUGAUAGAAAUAUUUAUUUGAAAACGAUCCUUAUAAUGGGAAAUAUAUUUUAAUUAUCAAAUUGUUGCAGACAAAUUAAAGAAGAGCACGAACAAAUGUAUGUGCAGUAAAAAAUUUAUAUUUCCUAAUAUUUUACAUAAAAUUGCAUUAAAGAUUUUACAUACAAUUAAAGUUGUAUAUAAAUUGAGAUUUUUUAUUAAUAACUUUUUAUGUAAACCGUAUCUGUGCCUUUCGCAUCUUGCCUAAGUAGAAUUAUCUUAUACACACAUAUAUACAUAUAUAUGCCGAGUUAUUUAUAUGAAUUAUGUACUUAAAUUUUUUUAAUAAAAAAGUUUUUAAAAA